AAUCAAGCCCCUCCUUCGCUUUCGACCGCCCAGAGAGCACCCGGGACGAACGUUCUACGUAAGAGGGAUGCAGUGCGCACGCGCAUGCCGCAGUUGCCCAUGGUAACCGAGGGCCGCGUAGAGGAUGGGCUUGCUAUCAAUUCUGCGUAAAUUGAAGAGUGCACCAGACCAGGAGGUUAGGAUCCUGCUCCUGGGAUUGGAUAAUGCAGGCAAAACCACACUUUUGAAACAACUAGCAUCUGAAGAUAUCACCCAUAUCACUCCAACCCAGGGUUUUAACAUUAAAAGUGUGCAAGCCCAAGGUUUCAAGCUGAAUGUGUGGGAUAUUGGUGGACAAAGGAAAAUCAGGCCAUAUUGGAGAAAUUAUUUUGAGAACACUGAUAUCCUGAUUUAUGUCAUUGAUAGUGCUGAUAGAAAAAGAUUUGAAGAAACUGGUCAAGAACUAGCAGAGCUGGUGGAUGAAGAAAAGCUGAGUGGCGUUCCAGUACUCAUCUUUGCAAAUAAACAAGAUUUACUGACAGCAGCCCCUGCUGCAGAGAUUGCAGAGGGUCUGAACUUGCACACAAUCCGGGAUAGAGUCUGGCAGAUUCAGUCUUGUUCAGCCCUGACAGGAGAGGGCGUGUCGGAUGGCAUGAACUGGGUCUGCAGAAAUGUCAAUGCAAAGAAGAAGUAAGUCAAGCUGAGUUGCCUGGAACUAGAGAAACAGCAAGAGCCAAACAUGCUAGCCAGCUGCUAGUGUCUGACCAAAUAUUGUUCCAUCUGCCUGCAGCUACAGCUGUUCAGACUGGUAACUGUAGCUAAGCCUACUGCUUCUAUAGGAACUUUAUCUGUUGACUAGUGUCAUCCCCAUCCCCAUGCAAAUCUUUCUUUCAUCCUUUUUGAAAAGUAAAUAUGUUAAGGGUCUCCCUGUUGUUCAUACUAGCAAUGAAAAUAGGAGUGGAUUGCAGUCUGACAUAGACACUUCUGAUGAGUUCCACAGAGGUCAGAUUAUUACAGCAAUAUAUAUCAGUGGCCACAUCCAUUCUGAAAUCACUCAAGAUCCUUACCUGGUCCAGUUCAGAACUUUUCUCAUUGUCCAAUAAAGUGAUCUUUUGUUCAAGCAAAUGCUUCAAUUUUAAAAUAUACAUACCACAUUGCUUACAAGGCACUCAUUUGGCCAUAUGCUCAAGGGUCUGUUUUUUUUUCACAAAGACAUCUAUAAAACUCAAUUGGAAUGAAAAAGCAACAACUCAUGCAGGAUGCCAUAAUUUGAUGAAAUAAAACAACAUGUUUGUAGUGGUUGUUAUUAUAUUUAUAUUUGGCCUAAACUUUUCCCAAAUGUCAGAUUUCACUAAGUGUUUUUGGAAGUUCAAGCUUAUUGCAUUGUAUUAGUCCUUGAAAAUAGAUUUUUUUAAAAAAUAGUGAAAGUAACUCAAAGCUCAAAAUCUUGUACAAGAAGUUAAUAACAAUAGGCUUUGUCAUGUUCUGAAGGGCUUUGAUGCAAAAUUUGAUUCAGUAUACCUGAAAUCUAUAAAGUCAAUGAAUUAUAACUGGUAAUACAAGCAGUAGAAAAGUGUGAAGUGAAAGGUUUUGUCCAUUUUAAGGAGUCAUGACCUUACGUAUUUUUUGGUGAGUUAGUGUAGUUUCCCACCAUUCUCAUUUACAUUUAAUAUUGCUAACUCCGCAGGAAGUCAUUGUCUAGAUGUCUGAAAUAUUGAAAUUUGUCAAAGAUUUAUCUUUGGCCAUGAAAAUGUUGUUGCAUCAAAAUGAAGAGCAAGAGAAGAGAAUCGUAAAGAAUCAAUAAUAUUCUAAAUAUAUUCCCCAGAAAGACACAUGAUUUAAUAAAUCUUAAUAUGCUGCCACAAUACCAGUAUAUGCUGUAAGUUACUGCUUCUUGCCUCUUAAGUUAUCAUUUCAUGGGGGUACUCUUUUGUGCAAGAGAUCACUUGCAGAAUGUAACCAGAUUGUAAGGCUGAAAGAACUAUGGAAAUUGAAACAUUCCCUCUUGUUCCUGAAGGAAGUCAGACUGUCUUACUAAUCCUCAAACCAUGGGCAUCUCUUGUGGGGAGCCAGACAGCAUUAGCUUCUUUCAAAUAUUCUUUAUCCAAUCACUAUCUUGUGAUCCUUGCUCAUAGCUUACUGUUUUUGGGGUGGGAUGGGACAGAUAUUUUCCUCUUUGGUAUCUUAAAACAAGCACAAAUUGUAGAUUACAUAUAUUAACUCUCUGUCUGACCUGCUUCUGCUGGUUUAUGAGAGAUCAUAAGCAAACAUUAAAAGAAAUAGGAGGUAUAAAAUGAAAUUGUGUAACCAUCUAAAUACUUCUAGGGAAGCAACUCUGCUAAUUAAAUGCAUGCUCCAAUUUUUUUUAAAGGGUAUUUCAUUUUAGAUAUGCCAUAAUAUACAACAGCUAAAAUGUUGCUUGCCAUUUUAAAAUAAAACAAAAAUGAUGUGUAAUUCUUUAGUCCAAAUAUCAGAGGCUCAUGUCAUAAUAUGUCAAUCAAUUCAAGACUAGGUAUAUUAUAUAUUUCUCUUAUAUAUCAAGCUCUUCAUCUCCAGAAUUCACUGUUGUGUUGGAAAUACAUUCUAUUCCUAUGCAGUUUGACCUUCAAGCACACUUUUCAGCUCUCAAAAUUUUUGGAUACAAAAUUUCCCAUUUUUCUUAAUGCAUUUCUUGCUGAGAAUUUUGUUGAGAAGGAUUUAAUUGGAAUAACCAGAAAGAAUCAGUAUGCUCUGUUGAACUCAGCAAGCCCCCAAACUCUGGUGUUAAUGCAUCUAUCAAGUUUUAUUCAUUCUGAACUAAGAAAAUAUUUGAAGCGCCCCCUCCCCCCAAGAUGGAAUUGGCCAAUGUAAUGGCCAACGUAAUGGCUUAGUGGAUAAAUGCCUCAUGAACAACACGGAAGAAGUGAUAAUUCAUGGAACAAUUUCUGGUUAUUCCUUACAAAAUGAAAAUGCUAGCAGAACACAGCAUUAGUUAGCUGUUCUUAAAUCAAUCUCCACAUGGCCAGCUUUUUAAAAAAUUCUCUUACUGGUCCAUAUAAUAUUCCCCAGUGAGCAAUAUGCAAUAUGUAUGGUACAAUGUGUAAAAGCCAUACUAUGAGUACUUGGCAAGUUGUUUUUCCAGUAAAAUAUUAUCUCUUUUUUAUUAAACUGUGUUGAUAUAUUUAAAGGUAGGUCAGAAAGGUUGAAGUGUAGCUUGAGACACCUGAUUUAACAUGUUAAAUUUAACAUGUUAAAACAUACUUAAAAGCAUGGUUCAAAUGUGGUUUAAUUGUUUAUUUUCAUCACACACAGCUUCCUUACUCUCUAAGCAAACAUUUUCUCAUAAGAUCAUGUCAAAUGCUUUAUAAAGCCAUGCCUGCAAAUGUUAUCUAGCACACUUUUCUUUUUUUAAUUUAAAAAACAUACAAUUUUAUAAGCUCUUCUUUUCUGAAGUUAAUGAAAAGUCUGAUGCGAUGUGGUAAUAUCAAACCUCUCUGUAUACAUUUAGAUAUUUGGCAAACUUGAAUUAAAUUUGGAAGAAAUAACUAAGA